AUGGUGGUAAGGACUUGCGGCAGGCACCGCACCCUCGUCAUCUGCCCAGCCAUUCCCGCCGCGCUUGAACCGCGCGCCUGCUUCCCUCCGCCCACCGUCACCGCGUGCCUCUGUGCCUCCGUGCCUCCCCUCCACACGCACGUGUCAGAACAGAAUCCCAAGCUUGGCAACCAGCUCCCGCCGGCGAUCAACCGGCUAGCUUUCGAUCUUCGUAGAUUCACAAGGCUCGGGGUCUGUUCUUGCGACGCGAAGCGGCAAGAACAGUUCGACCAGCACGGGGGGGAAUAG